GGGAAACAGAGGGUAUCCUUAGCAUGUCAGCGUCUGACACUUGAACCGUCUCCUGCCUUACUCCUGUCUCUGUCCUGGACUUUUACUCACUGAGCCUCCUCCCUGACAAACACAGAAGAUGAGCGGGAGCACUGAUGACGUGAAGGCUGUGACCUGCACGGUCAAACCUCCGGUCUACCUGCAGAUUGGAGACACCAAAGCAGACACAGCUCACUCUGGUAUCUGUGUAGUCGACGUCACCCUCCCCUUUGGAAAACCUGCCAAUAUUGAGGAAAUCACCUUUAAGAACUACUAUACAGCCUACGUGACUGUGCGUCUGCUGAGGAGGAGCCCCGGGCAGGAGGCCCCUGCGAAGUGGUGCACUGCUCUGAGAGACCUGCCCCUGAUGGACAACCCCCACACUGAGGGGGGCUCACAAGACUACUACUCCAUUCACAGGACACAGAUGCAGGUGGAGCCAGAUCACGUGGUGUCUGUGCGGCUGAUCCUGAGACAGCCGUCCUCUGCCUGGCUAACCUUCAGCCUGGAGGACAUCAGGAUAUACCCUCACAUGGAGCCGGACCCAGAGAAGGAGGUUUCUGAUUGGCUGUCUGACCUGACCCUGGUUGACCAGCACCCUGACGUGGAGGGCCUCCCAGACCCCCAGACUGUGUCAUCCAGCAUCCAGCAGAUGUGGGCUCUGACCGAGGUGAUGCAGACCAACCAGACCACAGCCUCCAUUGGCCGAUUUGACGUGGAUGGUUGCUACGAUAUCAACUUGCUCUCCCUGACGUAA